AUAAAUUCAUUGAAGUUAAUAGUUCUGAGACAUGGUCNAACAACCAAACAGGGGUUGAACACGAAGAAUUUGAAUCAACGAAUGAUGAAGAAAAGCAAGCAAUUCGACAGUUACAAGCUGAACAGAUGAAAAAAUACAUGAAUACAAAUGUAAAUCCUUGUGAUGAUUUCUAUCAGUUUGCAUGUGGUAAAUGGAUUGAAAACAAUCCUCUACCACCGGGGUAUGGCAAAUCAGAUAUGAAUAUGAAGAUGGAACGAGAAGUGUUACAUUAUUUGAAAAGAUUCUUAGCACUACCAAAAUCAAAUGACGAACAUGUGGCACAUACCAAGGCUAAAAACCAUUAUAAGGCUUGUAUUGAUAAAGAAACUAGAAAAUCAAGAGGAGCAACCCCACUUGUUGAACUACUUGAGACGUUAGGGGGGUGGCCGAUUAUUAACGAUACCUGGGAUGGUUCCAAUUUUGAUUGGAUUUUAGUAGCAGAACAACUUAGCAAAUACUCUACUAUUUUUGGAUUUAUUGGUUUCAAUGUCCUUCAUGAUAAAAACUCCAGGGAAAGAAAAAUAUAUAUGACUACACCAAAUUUAGUUUUAGAUCCACACCUUUAUUUGGAACCUUCAAAAAAUACUGAUAAGUUGAAAAAUUAUAGAAAUUUUAUUGUUAAAAUAGCAACUCUUAUGGGUGGAAGCGAAGACAAUGUUAGAAAGUCUGCAGAAGAAAUUGUAAAUUUUGAGACAAAGAUGGCUAAUAAAUUGUUAGUGUUAAAUAUUUUGAAAUAG